AUGGCUCGUGUGAGCGGAACGAAACAUACACUCAAAUAUACUUCUAAAAUACCCUGGUUUAAUGCUGUGGCUACACUGGAUGGCGCCCUCUAUCGACAGGCGCGGUCAAAACUUCCGAAGAAGAGACGUCGAGUGUUACCCGUUGAACAACCCCGAAGGAAACGCGACGCCACCGCCUCAAAUCGUCGCGUGAAUGCCGUGAAACACCCGGUUGUGUUAAAGGACCUUCAGGGAGCUAACAAGUUCGGUGUAAACGGCAUGAACAUGAUUAGUUUGGCUUUACAAGGUCCACCGAAUGUACUUCGUCCUCCGCCCACGGUACAGCCACUACAAGCUCGGGCUCCUAUAGUCGAGAGCCCGAUAGUAAACACGCAAUGCGCUACCAUAUCGUUGGCAUCACUACAACCUCCCCUGAUGACUGCCCCGCCCUUACAACCACGGCCUGCCACAACCGGAUCAUUAGAUCUGAUGCUACCCUUGCAACCAAAACUCUUACCAGGGUACAACCUGCAAUCAUCAUUUCUAUCCAGCACCUUGUCAACUGUCCGACCUCCGGAUUUGAACAAAAUUAUCAGAGAUGACUUUAAACCGACAGUAGAUAUAAUUGUUGAGAAAUCGGAAGAUGUAGAUAACAAAAUGUGUUGUGAUGUAGGUAGAAUUAUAGAUGAUAAUGUAUGUUGUGAAAUUAAUUCGAAUGUUAUAGAGAACGAUCCAUGUAAAGAUAGUCCUAAUAAUAAUUCAGUUUAA